AUGGGAUCCUUGAUGAUCUCUUUCAUAGACUACAAACUAAUCAACGAACUCUAUAACUGCAAAGAAGUAUGCAAAGGUAAAGAGAAAGUGACGUGCAAGUAUGGAGGGUUCGUGAAUCCGAGGAGUCCUAACUGCGACUCCUGUGUUUGCCCCGGUGGUUAUGGAGGAAAAGAUUGCUCGCAAAGACCGAUGUCUGCAUGCGGACAAGAAUUAAAUGCUACAAAAGAAUGGCAGGACGUUGAGCUGCAGAUCUCUAAUGAUGCUCCGGAAAAAUACGCAGACGAAUAUGAAAGAUGUGUCAGCUGGAUUCGAGUAAGAAUUCUACAAUCUCUUACUUGUGCCUCUCAUUGUUUACAUCCGUGGCGAAUGAAGCUGAAUUUCUUUCUAUAGCA